AUGAGACACGUACAAGUUCUUCUUGAGACCGAUGCCUUGCGCAAGCAGCUCCAGGACUCGCUGAAGGAGCCAGCAGCGCCAAGCAGCGCGGAACUUAUCACCCUGAAGCAUCAACAGAUGAUCACUGAGGAGCACACAACCAAGAUACUUGAUGCCGCCAACAAACUUCGCAAUGAUAUUUCGACAGCUCGGGCUGAGCUACAGGAGAGAAGGGCAGCGUUAUCCCGGCGCAAGUCAGACCUCGCCGCCAUGGCCGACGGCUCUAAAGAGCGCAGGUCGAAGCUGAUAACAGACCAAGAGCGAGCAAUCGCCACCAAACGAUUCAACUGGUCACAAUCUGCCGAGAGCAUGGCUGGAACGCGUGCAUUUCUCGGGGCUGAAGCGGCCAACUUGUAUGGUCUGAAGCGAGUUGCUCGCAAGGGCAGCAGGGGCGCUUAUGACUAUUACGUGGGUCGAGUGCCUGCGGUAGAUCUGGUCUCGAUGAACAGCUCGAGCCCAGAGCAGAUCACGACCUCACUAGGACAUAUUGUUCACAUCUUGCUGAUUGCGACGUAUUACUUCUCUAUUCGGCUGCCCGCUGAAACAACACCUCCUCACCGCGAUUAUCCGUUUCCAACUAUACUCAGCCUCUCGAACUCUUACCGCCAUGCGGACUUGCCGUUUCCUGGGCAUUCUGGCCCCACGACACCCACUGCUCUCGCCCCUGGUAGCGAACCAACAGCAAUGCCGUUGCCCCAUGCCCGCCCGCUGUAUGUGAGCAAACCGCUUCCGCAGCUUUUGAGGGAAGACCCAGCCGCGUACUCCUACUUCCUGGAAGGAGUCGCUCUCCUCGCUUACAACAUCGCUUGGCUAUGCAGCACCCAGGGGAUCAUGGUAGGGGAGAAGAAUCCCUUUGACGAGGUAUGCCAGAUAGGGCGCAACUUAUAUAACCUCCUCAUACAACGCAACAGCGCGGAGAUUGCGAGCCUGCCAGUCCCAGAAGCCAUCAAGAUCAAGAAUGCCAGCGCGGGAAGAGACUCAUCAAGUCCAACAUGGAUAGGGCGCUACUCUCACGGCACCAUGUACUACUUCCUUGGCGGACCAGAGGGGACGGAGUUAAUCAAGAGCUUCAAGUUGCCCAGCCCGCUGAAGCUGGCGGAUAAACUCAAGAGGAAAUUGAUUGGCGAUGCAGCAGCUCCGGAUUGGGAGAUGCUGGAGGACGAAGCUUGGAAGGUGGAUGAAGUGCCUGAUCCGGCGCAAGUCACUCCGAUGGAAACCGAAACCACGACCACCACAGGGCUCACGCGCACGUCUAGAGGAUGA